GAGAAAGCGUGCUGUGUCCCCGCCUUAUUCGCUGAUUGGCUAGUUUGGUGCAAAUAUUCCCUGCCUUUUUGCAGAGGGCUGCUGAAGCGCCUUCGCUUUGUAGCAUUUGUUUGAAGGCGAAGGAGCGUUGGCCUCCCAGGGUUUCACCAUUAUGAUCAUGAUUGAAAGCAUUGACUCCAUAGUCACUAUUUCCAGCCAGGACUUAUGGGCUGAAAUAUGUUCGUCGCUGCCACAUCCAGACCAGAAUGAAGAGUCUAACAAUGCCUUCGCAGAUUCCUUCGCAGACUGUUAUGUCCAAAAUGACGUCAUGGAGACCUCUUACCAAGCGGCAGACCUGAAGCCUUGGGCACCACUGAAGGAUUCUGAGAUUUAUUUGGCAUCUUUAGAGAGAAGAUUAAUGAGAAUAAAGGGUUUGUCUCAGGAAGUGACCUCCAAGGAUAUGCUGCACACGCUUUCUCAAGCUAAGAAAGAAUGCUGGGACAGAUUUCUGCAGGAAAAAUCAGAAUCUGAUUUUUAUAUGGAGGGAAUUGAUUCAGACGAGAGCACCCUGGAGCACUUGAAGCGUUGGUUGCAGCCUGAUAAAGUUGCUGUCAGCAGUGAGGAAAUACAGUAUUUGAUUCCCCUUGAAGCUCGUGUUGAGAAGCAAGAGAGUGAAGAAGAAGCCAUGGCUGUGGAACAGUGAAAUGUAGUCAAACCUUGCCUCCAAGACAGUUACUGGCAGCGUUUGUUAAAACAGCAAGAGAAGGGAAGUGCCAACAAUUGGCUGAGGUAGACCGAUUGUUGUCUGCUCAGUAGCUUUUGCCCCUCUCCCACUUUCUAGCUUACAGUAGCUAUUCCAUUUUGAAUGUAUAUAUUGUCACUUAGACAUAUGUAAUCUGUGAAGACGACUGAAGGCAAUGAAUGCAGAUUUGAGACAUUAGAUUGAUUGGAACUGAGCAUUCAAGUUAAAGAGUCAGCUCAUUCACUUGGAUUCUCUCCUGUUAUUGUUUGUUUGUGUUGGCAUCAUUCCCAGAUAAUUUUUGUAGUAUUUUUGUAGUAUUGUUUCUGAAGUAUGCUUUAUGCCAUCUUCGUUUGUAUUGUCAGCUGGCUCAACACAGCCUCAGAAUGUGCAGAAAUCUGCCAUUCAAAUUCUAUUGUAGGGGAAACAUUUUACUCUUCCUUUCUUCCUUCCAUCAUGGAGAGGAACCUCUGAUCCAUCAGCCCACAAAGGUUCACCGCAGCCACACAGGGCCACCACAUGACAUUCCUCUUCUUCCCAACUAGCUGAGAGAAGAACAUCCACCCUGAUCUGUGAUCAUAGAUAACAGGGAUCUUCUUUUCUAUGGCCUCACUUGACACGUGCAGACAUCAGUUGAGUCUUGACGUGAGGAUCUAGGCAGUUUCUGAGACCAUUUGCCACCCCUUUCCUGCACAGUGUAUUGUGUAAUGGAGGAGCAAAGCUAAGCCAGGUAAAGAAAUGUCAUCCAAUACUUCAGCCACACAACCUCACAACAUCCAGCAUUAGAAACCAUCAUUCUUGCAAAUAUAGUUUCUCAGCAUAUAAUUCUUUAAUGGAUAAUUAGUAAGGUUGAAAGUCCCUGUGACAAACAGUUGUGAACAUCUUUCCUAUAACUUGCACCAUCCCAAAAGACAGAUUUUCCCUGGUAAAGUGAAAAGCAGCUGGGCGUCUGUUUUGAAUGUUCCUGUGCUCAUUAUCUGUAGUUAUAUAACAAAACAUUCAUGUGACAAUGAGAUAGUUUCAACCUUAAAUAAAUGAAGCACUUCCUAGGAAGCGAGAAAAAAACUCCUUUGUGUUAAUAUUGUUCUUGUUCCCAUAAAGAAACAGUCUUUGAAAUCAGUACUAGUACUUCAUGAAGAGUUUAGAUUUCUCCAAAAUAACUGUUCCAUAGCCAGGAAGUAGAGCUGUUUCAAGCAAAACAAAAAUCCCUACUUUCCUCUCUUUUGGAGUUCAAUUUCCAUUCAAGUGUAAUAAAAUUAAUUUUUAUUACAGUAUUCCUUUAAUCUUUUCCCCAUUCAGAAAAAGUUGAGUUUUCUAUGUAAAUGUUGUAACUUCAGCGUAUUUGGCGCUGUAUGCACAGGUGCAUUUCCUUCUGUGCAAUCACUACUGAUAUAAGGAUAUGGAACAAGAGAAUGGUUAAUUACAAACUACAGUAGAGUCUCACUUAUCCAACGUAAACGGGCCGGCAGAAUGUUGGAUAAGCGAAUAUGUUGGAUAAUAAGGAGAGAUUAAGGAAAAGCCUAUUAAACAUCAAAUUAGGUUAUGAUUUUAUGAAUUAAGCACCAAAACAUCAUGUUAUACAACAAAUUUGACAGAAAAAGUAGUUCAAUAUGCAGUAAUGCUAUGUAGUAAUUACUGUAUUUAUGAAUUUAGCACCAAAAUAUCACGAUGUAUUGAAAACAUUGAUUACAAAAAUGCGUUGGAUAAUCCAGAACGUUGGAUAAGCGAGUGUUGGAUAAGUGAGACUCUACUGUAUUCAGAAUAAAUGUAGGGAUUCUGAAGGCUGUAGUCUUGCUCCAUCUGCAUGAUAUCCCUUCAAAUAUUGAAAAAUAUUGCUUCUCAUGCGCUGAUCAACCUGGGCUGAAAAUCCACUUCAGAGGUGUUUUCAGUACUGAGUUUUAUUUAUAUUACAAUAUUUAUAUCCCUCCCUUCUCACCCAACAGGGGACUUAGGGCGGCUUACAAUAAAACACACAUAUAAAAACUGUACAAUACACUAUAAAUCAGUUUAAAAAUUAACUUACAUAAGACAUUCAUAAAACGCAUAAAAUACAAAUAGGCGUGUUCAAGUUUAAAAGACUGGGUCUGUCAAUUGAGUUCCAGCGUACAUCAUAGUAAUUAAUGCUAUUGAUUCUUAUUCGAAAGCCUGGCCCCACAACCAAGUUUUAUUUGAUGUGAUACUCACUUAAUCCAAAAUCAAACAUAAUUUCAUCUUGCUUUCAUGGGGUUAAACGUAGAAUAAAAGUGUUGCUUUUUA